AUGCGAUCGACAACUUUUGUUGCCAUUUUGGCAGCGUUUUCAUCCGCUGCCAUUGCAGCGAAAGACAGCCGUACAUUUGCUGUCAACCAUUUCUAUGGGACUCCUAGUCCUCUGACUAUGGGACGCAUGGAUCCGAUCGUUUCUCCAGGGACCGCCGCUCAGCAUGUUCAUGCGGUUCACGGUGGAAGCAAUUUUGGUCUAUCGAUGGACAACGAGAUUCUCAUGGACUCCAACUGCACCACAUCUCGCAUCCAAAAGGAUAACAGCAACUACUGGACCCCGGCGCUGUUCUUUCAAGCUGAUAACGGAUCAUUCAUUUCCGUGGACUUCUACUACAUGAAUGUAUAUUACUUCUUCGAGCCCACCGACGACGAGAUCAAGGCAUUUCCCGUCGGCUUGCGUAUGCUGAGCGGUGAUAACUUCGCGCGCACACCUCCCAAGAAUGGCGGAGGGCUGAACAUUGAACCGGCUGCUGGCGAUAUCCAGCCCGUCCAGUGGACCUGUCCUCGAACUAGCUACGAUCCUCCUUCGUAUCCCGCCGACUCGGACGGACUGAACGGCGUUGGAAUCGGCGAUCCAAACAACAAAGGAUCUGGUGCGGGUUUCCCCGACCAGAACUGCGAUGGAUUCGCGUCCCCUCUGCGGGCCGACAUUCAUUUCCCCUCUUGCUACAACCCCAAAGCCGGUCUGCGGGACUACAAAAGUAACACUGCUUUCCCAAGUAGCAAGGGCACCACCGGAGGCAAAGCUAACUGCCCUGAGGGAUGGAUCCAUCUCCCUCAUAUCUUCUAUGAGGUCUACUGGAACACUCCGGCUUUCAAAGACGAGUGGACACCAGGACAGGGGAAACAACCGUUUAUCCUUGCGAACGGAGAUCGCACCGGAUACUCGCUCCACGGAGACUUUAUUGCCGGCUGGGACACCGACACCCUGCAAAACAUCAUCGACAACUGCAACGGAGGAGACGCGGGUAUGGAAUCCUGCUCAACCGACAUCACCGGCCCCCAAAAUGAUCCAGCCACCGCACAAAGCUGCAACGUCCCCAACCUAGUCCCCGAGAAAAUUUCCGGUGUUCUCGAUCGGCUGCCUGGUAACAACCCGCCCACCGGAUGGGGCGUCAAUGUAGAUCUUAGCCCCAGCGGCGUCUCGCUCACUCUCGGUGGCAGUGGAGACAGCGCCACCGAAACUGCAGCUGCAAAUUUGAAGCAGGACUCUACUCCGACUGCAGCGGCCUCGUCUCCUACCUCUGAGCCAGAGCCGGUUGAGGUCAUAGUCACAGUGACCGAAUUCGUGGCGCGUGGUGAACCUACCCGGUUCUCUAAUAGCACUCCUAGCUGGACUACCCGGGUUGCCGGUGCGGCAACGACUCUGGGCCCGUACUAA